UCUAUUUCUAUUUAUCGGAAAACUUGUUGGAGGGUUUCGUUUCCCCUCCAACGCGUUUCCCUCUCUCUCUUCGGCCGGCCGUCCAUCUUCACCGGCGUCCUCUUCACCGGCCCGCAUCUCUCUCUCUCAUACUGGCGCUCAUAUCUGGUUGUACCUCUCUCUCUCUCUCUCUCCGGCCUGCCGUCCUUCUUCACCGGCGAGUGGGAUUCCCCAAAAACUCAGCAUUAGGUCCUUUUGAUCUGAUUCUUCAACCAGAUCCGACGGAACCAAGAUGGCGUUUAGAGGGCGAGGGCGAGGGCGGGGAUUUGGAGGCGGAUUCGGUUAUGGAUUUGCUAAACAGGAGCCAUUUGAGCUUUUUCCUGAUCUCGAACUUCCUAAGAUCCCAACUGUGAGCAAGGAGCAAGAAGCCCUAGUAAUAGAGCAAAGAAGGCUAGAAAACUUUUGGAAAACUUCUCCCUAUUUUCUUGAGGAAUCCGUUUCAAAAGAGAGUAUAUUUUCUGACAGUUUUCACAAAAAGAGACAAAGUGAUGAUAUAGAGAGAUAUUCUGACCGCAAAAUGCAAAACAACAAAAUAGUCCGCGAUUCUCUUAGUCAAUAUUUAGUGCUCAGUAGAUUUCCUAAGGAACUUGUUGAGGAUUCUAAAGGGAAACAGCCAAGCAGAAAAAGAGCUCGAUGGAAUUUUGACUCGGAGCUGCAGAAGUUAGAUCUUUUUGAGAAGCUUGAACAGGCUGAGGGCGAAGAGGAGGAUAGGAAGGACAAGAAAGGAGGUGAAGAUGGGGAUGAAGAUGAAGAUGAAGAAGACAUUAAAGAAGAAUCUAGUGAUACUGAUGGUGAUUACAAGCAGAACAUAGAUUUUGAUGACGACGAAGAUGACUAUAUUGAUGGUGAUGGCGACGGUGGCGACGAUGAAGGUUUUUAUUAAUUUGGUUUUCUAAAUGAAUCUUACAAACUUUGUUUAUCUAGCUUAAUUUGAAAUCAAGGUGAUCAUUUUGCAAGUUGAUUUCAUGAUUACCAAUAGGUUACAGUUAAUUUUUUUUGUGGUUCUAUAAACCAAAUUUAAAUUUGUGCUUGUUGUAAAUCCUAACCCCAUUCCCCCUUUUCAA